GGAAUGUAGUAUGAAAUCAAAAUAGUGGGUUUUGAGACUACAACAGAUAAUGUUUUAUAUAAAAUGCGAAUAAUCGAUCUUAUGACACUUGAUUAGAGAGAUAUUCGAGUCAGAUAUAGUCUUUUGCUUGAACUUCAUAAUGCUAUGCAAGAAUACAAUAUGAAUUAUUAAGUAUUUCUUAAUUAAACUUAGCUUCCUCAAUUUCCAAAAAAGAAAUUAAUAAAGACUUUUAUAAGUGAGAAUAAAGUGAUUAAAUAACGGGAGUAAAUGAUAGGGGAAUAUUUCCAAUAAUUACUUAAAUAACCUCCUCCUAAUAAUAAAUUAUUACUUGAUUUUCUAAAAGAAGGAGUUGAUAAUAUAAGACAAUAAGAAUUAUAAAGAGAGGUAAAUUCAAAAUCUGACUUUAUGAAACAUCUCAAAGAAGAAAGAUUACUAAAGAAAUCAAUAUUUGGAAAAACAACUUUAUAUAGCAAUAAUAAUGGUAAGAAAAUAAUUUUACAUAAAUUUUAUGUCAUGUAGAAUCAUAGUGAUUAACUCUUUUAGUCAUAUUUAAAAACUCAUUUAAAUAUUUUAGACUUUACAUUUUUUACAUAGGUUAAUUCAAUAUUCUAUAUACGACCUAAAGCGAAUUUUGUAGAUAAUAUGUUUGGUUCAGUUAAAUAACCAAAAACAAGUAAAAAAUCUCACAUCUUCGGGGAUAUCUAUCCUUCAUUUUCAAGAGGAGAACCUCCUGUAAAGAUUUUUUCUUUUGAAGAAUUUGAAGGAUAAAAUUUAGAUGAUGUGAUUAAAGAUCGAAAAAAUAAAAAUAAACCAUUUAAUUUAGAGGAACUUUUAAAUAUUAUAUAAAAAAUCUUGUAAGCAUUAACAUAAUUACAUAAACGUAAUAUAUUUCCAAAUAGAAUUUUACCCACAUCAAUAUUUAUCAAUAAUGAUAGUGUUAAAUUAGGAGGGAUACAAGAACCUAAUCAAAAAUAUAAAGAAAAAUAUUUGUUAGAAGGAAAUGCUGUCAGAACAGAAUAAGAAUAUGAUAUUGUUUAUUAUCCUCCUGAGAAAUUUAGUUAAUCAUUUUCAUAAUAAUAAUUAAAUGGAAAAUUGAUAGAUAGUUGGCAUUUUGGAGUUUGUAUUUUGAAGGCAGCUUUAUUGUGUUCAAAUAAAGAAUUGGAGGGAAUUCAUUAAUGUAAUUAAAUAGAUAAGUUUGCAAAUUAAGUUUAACUUAAAUAUGGGUAUUUUAAUGCUUGUAAUAUAGAUAAGUGAUGUCAUAGCAGAAAUAAUUAUGUUGAGUCUUAAAUAGUUUCCUCAUUAACGAGCAGAUAUUAAUGAACUCCAAUUUUUGGCUAAUUAGACUGCUAUCAUUAAAUUUUAAUCAAAUAUCUUAAAUUAAUUAGAAAAAUAAUAAAUGACUUAUUUGACUAUUAAUAAAAUCACAUAAGAGUAAUUAUAAAGUACUCUUGAGUUAAUUUAGAAAUCUCCAAUUUUAACAGUCAAAAUCAAUCUAUAUAAUUAAUAGAUAGAUUAAGAAAUAUUUGAUAAAUUAUUAUAAUUGUUGGGUGAUUUUGCUGAAGUAAAGAAUAUUACAAUUAUAUUAAAUAAGUAAAAAAUAGAUUUAAAAUGAUUAGAACAUAAAAUGUAAAUAUUAGCAGGUUUUGUGUUGGCCUAUAAAAACUGAAAUAAGUAAAACGUAUUUCUAUAGAUUUGAAGGGAAUAAAAAUAUCUGAAGAAGAAAUUAAACAAAUAAUUUUUUUAUUCAAUUAAUUAAAUUUUAUUGAAAGAUUUGUUUUGGAUUGUUCUUCAAUAGAGUUUAUUGAAAUUUUAAAAUCAGAAUUGAAAUUAAAGAGUAAAAUAGCUUUAUAUUUUGAAUCAUAAUUAAUUUGA